AUGGCUUUGGCUAAUUCAAGACCUAUGCAGAUUCCAAACAUGGAAUCUGAUCUGAUUCACAACACUACUUCGCCAGUAUUCCAACCAACCUCUCUGAUGAGUCCAUUGUCCACUACCUCGGACAUAAGUAUGAACAUGGGAAUGAACAUACCUAUGGGCAUGGCUAUGGGAAUGAGCAUUGAUCCAAACGAUGUCAACAACUCUCCUAAUAGUAUUAAUUCUCAGCUAUUAGACCAUUCUACUAAUGAUCUGAUGUCAGGGAUAAAUUCAGGUAAUGGCAAUGGAACCGAUAUGUCUAUGUCAAUGUCGAUGUCCUUGGGUCUAUCACCAGUUAGUCUCGACAUGGGUAAUGGCAUUAAAAAUAAGAAUGGAAAUAAUAAUUUGAUCACUCCACAACAGCAAGAAGCAAAUGCUAAGGCUACCGCUUCAAACAAGAAGAAAGAUUCUUCGAAAAAGGACGGCACUAACAAUUCAAAGGAUAAUAAUGGAUCAUCCUCAAAUGCAGGUCCAAACAAUAUCAUGAUUGAACUAUCAAAAAUGAUACCUGUAACAGGUGAAAGGCCUAAACCAACCGACAGAUCUGAACCUUUGGAUGAUGACGUUCUUUAUGCCGUGUUCUUGAUUCUGUGGGAAAUCGAUGCCGACCAACAAGGUAUGACAGUUAAGCAGAUCUGUGACCAUCUAUUGACCAGACAUCCAGAAAUGUCCAACUUGUCAACAAAACUUUCUAACCUGAUUUCAGCUAAACUAAACGCUUACGUUAAAAAGACUGAAAAGGGUGAAAAGACAAUGAAGUACGCAUUGUCAAGAGAAUGGUCAAACUCUUCACCAAGAAGAAUGCUGUAUAUGUACAGAGGUAUCUUAUCAGAGAACUACAAGGAACACGCCCUAGCUGCUUCUGAAAAACUAAAGAAGCAGCAGGAAUUGAUGGGAUUAUCCGCAGAAAAGAAAAAGGCUGGUUCUAUAGACUUGAGUGCGGAUUCUCCAUUAACUGACAUGAGCUCCAGCAGCGAAACCUCCAUUAACAGUGGAAUUCAUUCCAAUGGGUCUGUUGACCCAGCUGCCAUGCCAUUCUCCAAGGAUAUGAAUAACGGAUUUACUUUCAGUCCUGAUUUCAACAUUCCUUACUCAACGUCUCCAGUUUCAGUGAAUCUGAGCCCCGCUGUUGACGAGCUUGAUGGCUUAAGCCCAACGUCUACCCCAAGAAAGUUGAACAUUAGCAAGAAAAUGAACAAGAAUGAUGAAUCCACCAAGGGUAACUUGAAGACAGGGACUAAAAAUGGUACCGACAACCAAACCGUUUCCGGUCCUGCUUCGAAAAAACAGAAAAUUAAAUCAUCUUCAAGUUCUGCAAGCUUUCAGCAACUCGGUGAAAGACUAACUACCAAUGGGAAUGACAAGAACAGUAGCUCUGGAGGUCAACCAUCUGCAAAUUUAUCCUUAAACGCUAUCAGGCAUAGUGCGCAAGGUGGCAGCUCCAGCGGUAGUAAUUACAUCACAGCUGCAGCAGCUGCUCCAAGAUUAUCAAGAUCUGCAUCUAGAGGUUCGUUCAAAUCUUCAUCGCAAGCAUCGGCAAGUGCUUUAGCUGCUAUUCAAAAGGUGAUUAGUACUCAGUUACCUAUUGAAUUUUCACAAGCAAGCACACCGAGCGUAUCAAGAAGCAGCUCUAGUAUAGGAGGGUCCGCAGGUGGUAAGUCACCCACCUCCUCCACUUCUUCCGAUUCUUCUGGAGGAUCGAACAUUACAACACCUUCAGGUGAUGAAUCUACACCAAAAAACAUUUAUUGCACAAAUAAUUUUAGUUAUGAACACCCUGCUAACGCAAUGUGGUUCAAAAUUGUUAGGGAAGGAUUUUUAACUAGCGAUAUUGAUCCACCCGAGUCUUUAUCACUUGAAGACUUGGAAAAUAUAAUGAGUUGA